AUGGCAUUCACUAUGUCAAUAAUUUGGGUCGCUGCCCUCUCGCCACGAUUUGCUGCUGCAUCAUCCACUGACAGGGACCGAUUCCGGAUGGCUGUCAUAUAUCUCGCAGUCUUCAUGCCCGCUAUCGGACUUGUCAAUAAACUCGUGCGGUCGCUCAAAGUACGAACUGACUAACAGAGCCACUUACGAGACAGCGGACUUUGUCUCUCACGAUGCUAUGUGUAUCCAGGAGGGACCUCCCACAUGCAAUUCGCUGCUUAUAGCCAUACCUGCGGUGGUCUACGUGAUCUUCCCACGUCAGUCAUCUCUUCAUGGCUGACACACGUACAAUGGGGGGUGUGAUGUUCCUGAUCAGGAAUGCUCCAAGCCGAGGCCGUGAACCUGAGGAGCAAACUCUUCUACUCUGUCCUCAUCUCAAUCUUUGACCUGAUCAUGGACAUUUCAUACCCCUAUUGUACGCGCGUCAGCCAUGGACACAUCAGUGAAUUCUUGGUCAAUUAUGCUUGUCUCCUUGUAUGCAUCAGCAAUUCUACUUUAUUUGUCGGCCAAAAGGUUUGUCAAGGCCCGGUUCAAGAGACAGGCAACCACAGCUUAUAGCUUGACCGACAUCGCGGUGACGGCGACCAAAGCGGAGGCGGUCAGUGGAUCAGCCAUGAGCAAGGACAACGACGCUACGGAGACCCAGCACAGCAAGAGAAAGAACAGUCAUCUGCUACGACGUCAAAGCUCAAUUAUGACCACAGCGCUGUCUCUCGCUGCUCCAGUAGGAGGGCUGCAGUCGGCCUUGGCCUCACUCGAAGUGUCUCCAAGGUACUCGCGGCCACAAUAGACUCAGACACGAUCCACAUAGUGUGCACUUACGUGUACUCAUUGCAGGUAUCUACGUGCACUAUCCGACCAGGUGAACAUCUGGUCCACCUGUGAGUUGGUGGCACUUUUGUUUACCAACCUGGCUGUACUCACGGCCCAAGCUUACGCAGGCGUGUCAUGGGAGCAGCUUGUGGAGGAAGGCAUCGGUUUGGUGUUACUGGUGGCUAUCGAGCAGCUACUCGAGCUGUGCGUGCUGUGUGUUUUGAUGAGGUGGAACAACCUUCCCAUGCUUUCGUCCAGGUCUGAGAAAGGCGUUCUUCGCCGUAUAAUGCUGAUCUUGUUCCUGGUCGCCGGCACCUGGUAAGGCGCAUUUAUCGAUCGGCUUCCUGUCUCACUGCUUUUGUCUGUUUCUGUCUCUCUCUCUCUCUGUCCGUGUGUGUAGCAUUUCCGGAUGGCUGCCGUUCUUCUUGAUGUCUCUGGUUCGCGCCGUCGGCCGCACCGUUGCACAGCCAGGGGUAUCCUACCUGAGCUAG